AUGUUCAAAUUGGUCAACCGUUCCAGAUCUAUGAAGAGCAUGAGGACUGGUGGAGGGGCCCCCGGUGCGCAGACGCACGGCCCAGAGUCCCCCGUCCUGGGGGAGCCGGGUCUUGUGUCAAGUUUCCAACUGAUCAAGGAAGACUCGAGCCUCUCACAAAACGAGAGCGUGCCCUCCUUCUCCUCAGAAGGUGCUGCCGCCGCCGCCGCCGUUGCUGCCGUCGAAGCUCGCAACACGUACCGCCAUCGUCCGUUACCUACUCCUCCUCGCUCCAAGGCAUCGUCAACAAUGGCCGAGCGGCCGAGCACUAGCGGAGGUCUCUCCCCUCAUAACGCCAGCACCGCCAGCUUCAGAUCGUUUGCAGACAGACGAAUUUCCAAGGAUGAUAUGUACAUCAGGCCUCACUCGUCGGCCCGCGGAGGUUACAAAUCAUAUCACAUCCCGAUACGGGACAACCCAGCAUCCCCGGUAGAGAGUCCCGGCGACUUUUCCCCGGCGCGGACAUUUACAGUCAGGACGCAAACACCGGACUCGAUGGACAGUAACAUGGGAACGAUUGCGAUUGGCAUGGCUAUUGGAAGUCCUACUCAUCCUCCGCCCGAAUUCUCAUCGCCGCCACCCGCCCCGAGAAACGAUUGGCAACCACAGGCGUCGAAUAUGAGUACCAGCAUGAUUAGAGCGUCACCAGAACCAACUCAGCAGGAGGUCGCGGAACCUGUGCCGGCGCCGAAGCAAAAGUCAGGAAGAUGGAAGCUGUUCGGGCGUUCAAAGAGCAAGAGACUUGCAUCGUCACCCAUCGCCAUCUCACAGCCGAUGAAUCUCCAACAACCCGCAGCCAGCAGAACAGAUUUCGAAAACACGUCGCCGAAUAGCCAAGCGACCGACUUGGGAAGACGGAACACCGAACGAAGGCCAGGGGAAAACAAGCCUCCCAUAGUACGCUCACAGACAGCAGGGCCGAUGGCGGUUCCGCCAGCACCUCCAAGCCCGAAAGAGUCGAAGCCUCCAAAGCUGCUCAGCAGAAUGGCAUCAACGCGAUCGACCCGUGGGGAGAGGGUGAAGAAGUCGGACAUCUCGGCGCCUGUGCAUGUGUCUAUGCACGUACCCGCGUUACCCACCAAGCCGGCAGGGAACUUCUUGGACGUUGAGAUCCCGAGCAUCAAGAUGGAGCGGUAUAGCGUCAUGUUCGGUAAUGUCCUGGGGCAACCGCAGGGAUCGCAAGGGCCAAACGGACAGCAGCAACAACAGCAAGGGUCAUCUGCCCUUUUGGCAAGGCGGCAGGCUACGCUGGACAGACUGAAGACGAUAAACGACCAGGUCAUGAAGGAAGAGGAGGAGAAGGAGCGCGUGAGAGGCAGAAGAGCGACAUCGCCGCAACCCGCCCGAUCACCAGCGUUUUCACUGUCACUAUUUCCGGCGACGCCUUCGGAGACGGCCAAUAACCCGCCUCAGUCACCCCGUCACCGCUCGCACACGUCCCCUUCUCAAUUCCCUUCCCCAUCGCGGUCCGGUUUUGAACCUCCCCGGCCCCGUUAUUACCUCGAGGCUGCUCGAGCUGAUGCCGCGACUCCGGACUCAACGAUGGCACCUCAAGACGUUCCGAUCGGGUUCGCCUUCGGCCCCGAGCAGUCCGGCCUCUUCCUCGACUCUCCCACCGAUGACCGGGAAUCUGAAGAGAUUCACCUGACGGAGCAGCUGAAGCCGACCAUCUACGAGCCUGAGUGGAAGAUGAUUACAUCCUCCGACUCGACCGCUCCCUCAAGCGCCGCCCCGAGCGCGAAGGAUCGCUCGCCCGCAUCCGUGUCCUCGGGACACACGCACGUUACCAAGCCGUCCUUUGACGGGUCAGAGCCCGACGAUGCCCUCCGCGCGGCAGUGGAAAUUUCCAUCGCGCGUCAGAUCAGCAUCUCCAGGCAGCAACGCCGGAUGCUGCGACCGCUCAAGACCCAGGUGAACCGCACUGGCGGCAGCCCCGGCGUCAGGAGCCCGGUCAACGUCAACACGGUCACCAUCGGUAGGAACGAGCGCUUGUCCUCGACCAAGAGCUCCACGCCAACCCUCAUCAGUCCCGGUGAGACGUUCGAGCAGCAGAUUGCGCAGAACCGCAAGAGCGAACGCAUCAUUGUCGAAGGGGAAUGA